AUGAAAUUAGCAGAGGUAGGCACAGUGACCUUCUUGACCAGCUGGGAUCAUGGCACCUUGUACAGCUGUGCAGCAAAGGUGGGCUGUGGGCUGAGGGGGAAGAGCAAAGGAAAUGCCUCCCUCAGACUCAGCUGCUGGGAUACUGAAGGGAAGGCACAUGUUCUGCAGAAUGAUGGCUGUGGACUCUUGGUAUCUGGGACUCCAGAGGGCUCCAGGAAAGUAUCGGUGUCUUAUGCAGGCUGUUAUGUCUUUGAGUGGGAUCACAACUACCUUAUACUGGUUGGGCUUGAAGGAACAGAUGCUGCUGGGCAAAAGGUUCUUCAUGAGCAGAUGCUGCUCAGGUGCUCUGUGGACCUUCCUGGUAAGACAGAAGCACUUGGCAGAAUCUUCAGUAGUGUCUGCUCGGCUGUUCCCAGCCAGGACCGGCUGCCUUGUGCCUCCCUGCCCAUCAGCCAGGGAGACUGUGAAGCACGAGGCUGCUGCUAUGACCCCAGAGAGAGGGUGAAGCUGUGCUACUUUGGUAACACAGUGACAGCUCAUUGCACACCAGAUGGCCAGUUUUCCAUUGCUGUUUCUCGAGAUGUGAUGCCACCUGUUGCCCUGGACUCAGUGCAACUGGCCAGUGGACACAGUACUGGCUGUGUCCCUGUCCUAACAAACAAUGUCUUUGUUGUGUACCAGUUUCCGCUCUCUGCCUGUGGCACUACAUUCCAGAUGACUGGAGACCAGGCCAUAUAUGAGAAUGAGCUGGUGGCAAGCAGGGAUGUGAAGACUGGGAGCCUUGGCUCUGUCACUAGGGAUAGCACUUUCAGGUUACAUGUUCAAUGUACUUAUUCCAUCAGUGGGAGCUCCGUUCCCUUGAGUGUUCAGGUCUUCACCACCACUGAGCAGGUUCCACCACUCCCUGCUCUGUCCCAGCCAGGCCCUCUGUCUUUGGAGCUGCAUGUUGCCUCAGAUGGAAGCUAUACUUCCUACUGUAUGGACAGUGACUAUCCUGUUGUGGAGACUCUGAGAGACCCUCUCUAUGUAGGGGUCAAGAUCCUUCAGAGAACAGACCCAGACCUGAUUUUAGUUCUGCACCUCUGCUGGGCCGCACCAAGCACCAACCCCCAGCAACAGCAGCAGUGGCCACUUUUGGUGGAUGGGUGCCCUUAUGCAGGGGACAGCUAUCAGACACAGCUGUCCUGCCUGCCUAGUUUCACACUGAAGACAAGGACCAGGCCCGUGGUGUACCUGCACUGCAGUGCUUUGGUGUGCCACCAGUCUGUAAAGGAGUCCUGCAUCACCACUUGUCCUUCCAGAGUCAUGGGUAAAAGGAGUACUGAGCAUCCUUUUCAGGAAGGUACUUCCCAUGUCUCCAGCAAAGGCCCUGUGAUUUUCCUGCAGGAUGAGCUAAGACAGGACACAGCCAAGGAUGGCCUUGGUAAGUCUGUGCAUGCUGCAGCCCCCUGGGCUCUGGGAUUUGCUGCUGUGGCAACUGGGACAGCUCUGUGUGUGGUGCUUGUGGUUUCUGUGCUGUGGCAAAGGAAGAUGUCAGCCAUGCAUGAAAUCAAUGGAUUGCAAUAA